UUUGUGAGAGUUGUCCCACGUUGGGAGGGAAAAUGUUUGGUGCACUUUCUCUACAUCUCCUGUUAUUGCUGCUCCCAGCGACUUGUAGAAGCGCCCUCAUCUCCCAAUGGCCGGAGUGUUUGUCUCUACAAAAGGGAAAGACGGCGGAGAUGCACUGUUACCAAAACGACACUAGCUAUAUCUACAUGUACUGGUACCGCCAGCUCAGUGAAGCAGCCCUGCAGCUUGUAGCAACCUCAGUUGGUACCUCAGAGCCCACGUUCGAAGAUGAUUUCAAGGCAAGAUUCAAAGGCACCAGGCGCAUGACUAAGUCGUGCAGCCUGAAAAUCCUGAAGCUCGAGGCAGCUGAUACUGCGGUUUAUUUCUGCGCUGCCAAUGACAAUGAAGCAUACUUCGGAACUGGGACAAAGGUGGUCGUUAUGGAGCACCCGGUUAGAGUGCCCAAUGUCAUGAUCCUCAAACCAUCACCAGCAGAGCUGAGAGAGAGACGAAAAGCGACCGUGGUGUGCCUUGUCACUGACUUCUACCCCGACAACAUCCAGAUCCACUGGUAUGUCGAUGGUGAGAAGCAGCCAGAGAACGACCCGAAAAUUCAGUCAGACCCCGAAUCCAUCAUACAGGAAGACAGUAAAUCCUACAGCGUCAGCAGUCGGAUAAGAUUUAAGGAAAAACAAUGGGUCAAGUUGAAGAAAGUUGAGUGCAGAGUUAAUCAUUAUACAAAUGGAUCAGAAUCUACUUUGUACGCGUCAGAGCUUCACGUCAAUGCUGAAAUCUGCAGCAUGAGUAAAGAAGCUAAAGCCCGGAGCAUGACAACAGCCAGAAUGACGUACCUUAUGGUGCUUUGCAAAAGCAUCCUGUAUGCCCUCUUCGUGUCAAUGAUUGUUUGGAAGUCCAAGAUCUCUCACAGCAAAAGGUUUGACUGAUCGCAUUGAAGAUGGUGGAACACAUGAAACAGUAUGGAGGAAAGAAAUAUGCACUUUUUGAAUACUUAGAGUGAUUUGAUCUCAACUACUUCUGCUGUUCAAGCAUCGUACUGAUAAGUGAUCUUCAACAUCGUGGCCAUGCGAAAUAAUGGAAUAGAGUUAGAGUGUUACCUAAUUUUUCAGGAGUCUAUAUCUUGAUAUGACGUUAUGUUCUUACGAGAUAAGCAAGCUUCAGCUUUUAGGGUUGCGAAACAAUUAGGCAAUUAAUUCUCUGGUUGCCAAUUUGAGGGUGGGAUUAUUUGAACCUUUACACAUAAUCAUAAACUAUUACAAGGCAACAAGGCCCAUUUGAUCCCUCUUGCAAAAACAUUCUCUGAGUGUCAGCCAUUGAGUUCAAAAAUUUCAAAGGCAAAAACAGCUUUUAUGCUUAAUUUUAUUUUUACCUUCUCUGCCCUCCUCGUUGAUUCUGUUAUUAUAACGGCGCAUAUAUUAUAAAGAAGUUGAAAGAUGAAAGUGAUUCAAAUGCUUUUUGAAGCUACCUGUUUUUGUUCUCUCUAAUUUCUGCUCAUGCAGCAAUGUAUUAUGAGUUCUAAAAUUAUUAUCUUUGAUUAUGGAAAGAAAUCUGGGAUCAUAAUUCGUUGUGGCAUCCUCAAUGGAGCUGGCAUUGACAACAUGCUUGUGAAUUUUUGCAGUCUUCAUCCUUUUUUGUUAAGAAGAAAUAAAUAGAUUAACAUCCAAA